CUGCAUCGCACCCCGAGCCUUCACCAUGGCCGCCUAUAAGCUGGUGCUGAUCAGGCACGGCGAGAGCGCUUGGAACCUGGAGAACCGCUAGGGCUGCUAUGACGCCGACUUGAGCCCCGCCGGGCACGAGGAGGCGAAGCGCGGCGGGCAGGCGCUACGAGAUGCUGGCUAUGAGUUUGACAUCUGCUUCACCUCCGUGCAGAAGAGAGCAAUUCGGACUCUCUGGACAGUGCUGGAUGCCAUUGACCAAAUGUGGCUGCCUGUAGUGAGGACUUGGCGCCUCAAUGAGCGGCAUUAUGGGGGUCUGACUGGCCUUAAUAAAGCAGAAACUGCUGCCAAGCAUGGUGAGGCCCAAGUAAAGAUCUGGAGGCGCUCCUAUGAUGUCCCGCCACCUCCGAUGGAACCCGACCAUCCCUUCUACAGCAACGUCAGUAAGGAUCGCAGGUAUGCAGACCUCACUGAAGAUCAGCUACCCUCCUGUGAGAGUCUGAAGGACACAAUUGUCAGAGCUCUGCCCUUUUGGAAUGAAGAAAUAGUUCCCCAGAUCAAGGAGGGGAAAUGGGUCCUGAUUGCAGACCACGGCAACAGCCUUUGGGGCAUUGUCAAGCAUCUGGAGGGUCUUUCUGAAGAGGCUAUCAUGGAGCUGAACCUGCCAACAGGUAUUCCCAUGGUCUGUGAAUUGGACAAGAACUUGAAGCCCAUCAAGCCCAUGCAGUUCCUGGGGGAUGAAGAGACCGUGCGUAAAGCCAUGGAAGCUGUGGCUGCCCAGGGCAAGGCCAAAAAGUGAAGGCGAGCAGGCAGACUACUUUUCCAAGGACACCCUCCCUACCCAUCCCGUUCCUCCACAUUUCUUCCCUGCACAUGUCACACUGACCACAUCUGUAGGCAUCUUAAGUUUUAGCUGCAGAUGGGGACCAGUGGCUCCUAAUUUUGUUUAGCCAUUUGUCUCUUGCACCCACUCUCUUCAUAUAGUC